CAAUUAAUAUAAACUAAACUUAACACCAAACAAGUGUUUGUGACGAAACAAAAAUAAAAUGUUGACAUUUUAUUAGCUGUUGCGUAAUUUACAGCCAAGUACCGUUAAUAUUUAUCACUAAUCACAAGUUUGAGAGAUAAAAAGACUUACCGAGAUUGUCACUGUGAAUUGUCACUCCACAGUACACGUACAUGUCAGUGUAAUUACACCAAGCUCCAAAACGUCAAUUGGUGUGGUGUCAACACGCGUACCCGUCAGUAAUAAAUGAGUAAAAAUAGCAACAACACUUAUUGUUAUUAUUCCUCGCUGAAGAAAAUUACCGAGUAAACAAAGUCUUUAAUAAUUAUAACAAUAAUAAUAAAAAUAAUACGUCAGUAGUCAGUACUUUUGCAUCUCAUCGACCAUUUGACCUCGGCUUAAAUACACAAGGUUUAAACAGUGAGUUUAAGAUUUAACUGGUUAAAUAUCUGAAUAAUUAUUAUACUUAAUAAAAAUGAGUACUGUGGAAGAGCGCCCAGGUCCGUCACAGCCGUCAGAUUCAGCGACCAAAGACAAGGAAAAAGAUGACAGGAUGUUUGAGUGUAAUAUUUGCUUAGACACUGCUAAAGAUGCGGUUGUCAGCAUGUGUGGACAUUUGUUUUGUUGGCCUUGUCUUCAUCAAUGGCUUGAGACCCGACCCACGAGACAAGUUUGUCCAGUCUGCAAGGCUGCUAUCAGUAAAGAAAAAGUAAUCCCGCUGUACGGGCGAGGUGCCUCGAAACAAGAGGACCCAAGGAAUAACGUUCCACCGAGACCAGUCGGACAGAGAUCAGAACCAGAAGGUAGCUCAGGAUUCUCUGGGUUAGGGUUCGCUGAUGGCGGGUUCCAUAUGUCCUUUGGCAUCGGCGGGUAUCCUUUUGGCUUCUUCAUGUCGACCUUUAACUUCGGCGACAAUCGACCCAAUACUGUUCCCAGAGGAACUCCCCAGCACGAAGAUGAUUUGUUCAUAUCAAAAAUAUUCCUCUGGCUGGCUUUAAUCUUCAUCACAUGGCUACUGAUCGCGUAACCAUGAUACAAAACCCAGAAAAAAAAAAAAAAAAAAAAAAAAAACACUUGAAGCAAUUAAACCGCUAGUUAAAUCCUCUAGACUCCCUUAAAAAUGAAAAGUACUUUUAAAUUGAAAAUUAUUUAUAAUUUCCGUUGACGUUGACAAGAACCAAAUUGUCCGUGUAGAUUUAAAGCUAUUAAAUCUUGCAUUGAGCUUCGUUUAUUCUGUAUAUAUUGAAUAUAACUACUGUAAACAUA